GAUUUAUACAAGAUUUUUAGAACCAGCAAGUUUAUGUCAACUUCUUAUUAUGAUGAAUAUGCUAAGGAUGAAGUAAAUGAUUUUGAAACAAGAAUAUUAUCAGAUGUUGGACUUCAAUCAUUUUGUCAGUCAAGAUCAGAAGUAAUAUAUCCAGAAGCCGGGCUUACGUCAAAAAACGAAUGGCGCUAUAUUGUACAAGCUCCAGCAAUUAAUGGCAGUGAAUCUUUCAUUAAACAAGGAAUUGUAGUGGAGAAAUGCAUAGAUUUUCGAGAUCCGUGCCGAUUUGAUGACACUUUACCAUAUGGAUACGUUUCAAGAUGCGUACAAAAAUAUAUCUACAAAAGAUUAUUGUCCAUUCAAGGUCCAUAUCAAUUUUACUAUGAUUAUUUUAUGUUACCAUCUUGUUGUCAGUGUAUGUAUGGUAUAAAUGAAGAUAUGUUAACAAGAAAAGGUGGAGAUUAAGAAAACCGAAGUUUUUUCAUAAACAAACUGUAAUUUUAAAAAGAAACAAGAAAGUGUCUUACGAGACAAAUUAAAAAAAUAAGAUAGUUAAACAAAAAUACAAGUAUACCUUUAUAUUAA